AUGUCCCGUCUUCGCGACUCAACGGAAUACACAUCGAAACCCAAACACAGACGGGUCGGCGACAUUUUAAGAAGAUGGGAGUGCUGGCCGACAACGAAAGCCUUGGAAAGAGUGUUGCACGCUAUGGAGAUGCGGAUAUUGAGGUGGACGAUAGGUGUAACGCUAAAAGAGAAAGUAUCUAACGACACUGUACGCUCCAUCUUCGGCGUCGUCCCGAUAACUGAGAAGAUGAAGGAGGCGCGACUGAGAUGGUUUGGUCACGUCUUGCGGCGUGAGGAAGAUUCUGUUGCCAAAACCGCUCAGAAGCUCGACGUUCCAGGAGUGAGGCCGCGUGAGAGGCCAAAGAUUCGCUGA